UUGGGGGCGGUGCCACGUGUGGACCCCACGGACCCCGGCGACACCGCCAUGUUGAAUCUUUCCUAAAGGGUUUUGUACUGGCUUUUCGCGCUUCUGCGGCCGUCGCUCCGCGCGGUGUUGCCGGACAGGAUGAAUGUGAUAGACCAUGUGCGGGACAUGGCAGCCGCGGGGCUGCACUCCAACGUGCGGCUUCUCAGCAGCUUGUUACUGACAAUGAGUAAUAAUAACCCGGGUAUGCUUUCUUUGUUUUCUAGUGAGUUGUUCUCCCCAUCUCAGAAGUACCAGCUUUUGGUAUAUCAUGCAGAUUCUCUCUUUCAUGAUAAGGAAUAUCGGAAUGCUGUGAGUAAGUAUAUCAUGGCUUUACAGCAGAAGAAAGCCCUAAGUAAAACUUCAAAAGUGAGACCUUCAACUGGAAAUUCUGCAUCGACUCCACAAAGUCAGUGUCUUCCAUCUGAAAUUGAAGUGAAGUACAAAAUGUCUGAAUGUUACACAAUGUUAAAACAAGAUAAAGAUGCCAUUGCUAUACUUGAUGGGAUCCCCUCAAGACAGAGAACUCCCAAAAUAAACAUGAUGCUGGCAAACCUAUAUAAGAAGGCUGGUCAGGAGCGCCCAUCAGUCACCAGCUACAAGGAAGUAUUGAGGCAGUGCCCGCUAGCCCUGGAUGCCAUUCUAGGUUUGUUGUCCCUUUCUGUAAAAGGUGCAGAGGUGGCAUCAAUGACAAUGAACGUGAUCCAGACCGUGCCUAACUUGGACUGGCUCUCUGUGUGGAUCAAGGCAUAUGCUUUUGUGCACACUGGUGACAACUCAAGGGCAAUCAACACCAUCUGUUCACUAGAGAAAAAGUCCCUGUUGCGAGAUAAUGUGGACUUGCUGGGAAGCUUAGCAGAUCUGUACUUCAGAGCUGGAGACAACAAGAACUCUGUCCUCAAGUUUGAGCAGGCUCAGAUGCUGGACCCUUAUCUAAUAAAAGGAAUGGAUGUGUAUGGCUACCUCCUGGCACGAGAAGGGCGGCUGGAGGAUGUGGAGAACCUCGGCUGCCGCCUCUUCAAUAUUUCUGAUCAACAUGCAGAGCCCUGGGUGGUCUCUGGGUGUCAUAGCUUCUAUAGCAAACGCUACUCCCGGGCCCUCUACUUAGGAGCCAAAGCCAUUCAGCUGAACAGUAACAGUGUUCAAGCCUUGCUACUGAAAGGAGCAGCACUUAGGAACAUGGGCAGAGUCCAAGAAGCAAUAAUCCAUUUUCGAGAGGCCAUAAGGCUUGCUCCUUGUCGCUUAGAUUGUUAUGAAGGUCUCAUCGAGUGUUACUUAGCAUCUAAUAGUAUCCGAGAAGCAAUGGUAAUGGCAAACAAUGUUUACAAAACUCUAGGUGCCAAUGCACAGACUCUUACCCUUCUAGCCACUGUUUGUCUGGAAGACCCAGUCACACAAGAAAAAGCCAAAACUCUGUUAGAUAAAGCCCUGACCCAGAGGCCGGACUACAUUAAGGCUGUGGUGAAAAAAGCAGAACUACUUAGUAGAGAACAGAAAUAUGAAGAUGGAAUUGCUUUGCUGAGGAACGCACUGGCUAACCAGAGUGACUGCAUCCUGCACCGCAUCCUGGGAGAUUUCCUCGUAGCUGUCAAUGAGUAUCAGGAAGCAAUGGACCAAUAUAGUAUAGCACUAAGUUUGGACCCCAAUGACCAGAAGUCUCUAGAGGGGAUGCAGAAGAUGGAAAAGGAGGAGAGUCCCACAGAUGCCACUCAGGAGGAGGAUGUGGACGACAUGGAAGGGAGUGGGGAAGAAGGGGACCUGGAGGGCAGCGACAGUGAGGCGGCCCAGUGGGCUGACCAGGAGCAGUGGUUCGGCAUGCAGUGAGGGGCGCAGCCACCUCUCCCAGCACUUCCUGGACCAGAGCAGCCGCUUGGAGGACAGUGACUGUGUGUGAGCGUACAGCAGGGGCCCUGCCUGUCUCCGAGCUCUGGCUGGGACCUUAUGUGACCCCUGAGUGAGCCGAGCCAGCUGUCCAUGUACCUCCAUCCUCCCCUGCUUCCCAGAGAGGAGACCCCAAACCAGAAGCCUUUCGGGGCCCCAGGAAAGGGCCUUUGGUACGCCAGCUGCCACAUCUGAAAGCUCAAGGACUAGAUGGGGGUUUGUCCAUGACCUGGAUGGGUUUGAGGGAAUGGCCCACUCUCCCAAAGCGAGAGGUCUCCCCACGGGACGGAGGCUGACCUGUUCCCAGAAAUCAUCUUUCUGGGAUGCCCCCUACUGACCGGCCUCCUUCUAUGCUGGUAACAAUGCCUUAAGCCAACGAAGUUUUCCUCUCUGCCUUGCUGGCACCUUGCCUCGGUCUGGGCCAGCCUGAGAAGCAGUGAUGAGUGUGACCAGGGUACAUGGGCAGCUACUAAUAAACCGGUUUGUGCAGUCACUGUGUGUUUGGGGAGCCUUUUAGAAAUAUUUUCUGUCUUAGGAUGCAGUGUUAUGGCCCCAGAAUUGUUUGCCCUAGAUUCCCUUUCUUCUCUGAGUGUUGGGAGCCCAGGGGAUUGAGAACCUCAGCUAGCUGUGCGCUGGUUCAUCUGUUUGGUUUCGGUGGUGAAUUUCCUUGGGCUUCUAGCAGCUCAUGUGGCUGCUUGGCUUCUUCCCCAGGCCAGUCCUGGGCACCCCCUGCAGUGAGUGCUGCAAAUGUAGUAGGUGUCGGGAGACUCACUUGAAGUAAAAGGAUGUCAAAGCCAAUCCCAAGUUUUCCUUAAACAGAAUGAGUCACAGGUGCUGUAAAAUGUGAAUUUGAUGGUAAGGGAAAAUGAUGCCCAGUGAGCAGCACCUUAGGACCUUAGAACAUCCCAUAACUGUAUCUUCUGAUGGCAAAGUUACGUGAGUGUUCCCGUGUGAGGCCCAAAGCCUCUGCAGCAUUGCUCGGUCUGAGCCAGUUGUGAGAAGCCCAGCAGGUGACCAUGUCGUGCCAAGUGCAGUGUGGCUGGGAGAUUUCCCAUCGGCCGGGUUGCCUCACAGGCUUCCUCAGCUCUGCCGCAGGCCUUGCUUUGAGAGAAGGUGAAACCACUUCCCAGCCUCUGGAGGGACUCUGACCUGCAGGUCAGGAUGCAUCCCUGGCCUCCGUUUCCUCAGGUUAUCCCUCCACUCUGCUGCUGGAACCCUUGGGUCCUUGUGGCCUGUGUCCCUGAAGCUCUGGGCUGGGGUCCCCAGGCCCCUUCCUCCUUGCACAGUCUCCUGAGGACCAGGAAGCACCACCCUCCGGCUGUUCCUCAAGCAGCUACUGGGAAACCAGGCUGCCCGAGUCGUGGGUCACUGGGAUACCUGGUAUUUGUCAUCCAUCACCUCCCACCAGACCAGAGUGCCGCCAGAUACUUGGCUAUGCAGCCUGCUGGGCCUACAAUUCUGUGGGCCGAGGAAACCUUACUCUGCAGGCUGCCCUCUGAGCACCAUCCCAACUGGAGACCCCAGCAGUGGUUGCUCCUCCUGGGGGCUGGGGCUGGCAGUCCCUGAAGUCCUUUCUGCCGGGGUCCCAGCCAAGCUGGAAGGCAGACCCAGAGUCAGGGUGCUUCCUGCCUUUUGGUGUGGGCUUCCCGAUCCCCAUGCUGAGCCCAUGCUGGGCCAGGGACCUGCCCCUUAAUGACAGCUAUAGGAAGGUUUCACUCCUGCUUCUAGAUUCUUCCUCCGGAUGAGGCCAGCUUCUGCCCAGAUCUGUAAUUGUUAAACUUGAGAGCACUACUCAAGUGAUGCCACUUGCUAGCACCAAACCCUAAUUUCAAUCUAGGUUCAGGACUUGGGACACUGAGAUCUGCAGCUUCAGUCAUGCCCCAUCCUGACUUCCUGUUCUCUGCAGGUCUUUCUGGACCAGAUACUGAGAUGCCUGCAGGGUGGGCCAAAGGUCCCAGGAGCCAUAGGCCUGAUGUUGGAGGCCCCCGGCUGCUCCACCCUGCAGCCGCCUGUGGGUGGGAGGCCUCGCCUGCGGCUCCUGGCUCUCUGCCUGCGCUGGCUCAUCCGAGGCAGGCCAGGGCCUGUGUGCAGCCACUUCUCGAGCUCAGGUGGCCCUCUCUACCCGUGACCGGCCUUGGGGCUCCUGCUCAGGCCUGCCAGGCCGGGGCUGCAUUGCCCACCGAUGACAGGCAGCGAGGCCAGACUGGACACGCACAGGAAGGCUUCUGAGUGCCUCCCCACCUAUGCUAUGGGGCUGUGGGGGCCUGGGCUUGAUCCUCCACACUGCAACCGCCCCCCACCUGCCCCAGACCCCCGGUUUACACCGAGGCCGGUCCCGACUGCCCCUGGAGCUGCACACUUGUGUCCUGGCUGCUGGGAACCCGAACCUCAAGCUGCAGCUCGCACCUCACCCUGUGCUGCGUCACCAGAUGCUGCGUCCACACCAGGCCGGGACAAGGCUUCAUCUUUCAGUCGAUGACACCAGAUGACCCUUGGUGUUCUGCCAGUGGGGUAAGCACCUUUCCAUAGUUAUAAACUACUCAGAAUUUUUAUUUAAUGGUCUUUUAGGGCAUCAAACUUACUUUCUUUUAUUUGGUACCAGGGAUCGAACUCAGGUCCUUGCACUUUCAAGGAAGGCGGUGGAAGCACUAAGCUAAAUCCCCAGCCCUCAAACUUAUUUUCAAAGCCUGUUGACCCACAUGAAUUUUAUUGGUUGUAAGCGAUAUGGUACUAUUACUUCCGAGUUGCCUACUCACACAGUAACUUUCACCUGGUAACAAACGCCCCUUUCUUGGGCCACACAUUCCAUUUCUACAGCUUCAUUGAGGUGUGGCAUGCAUCCCUGUCACCUCUUCUGUCCCCAUUGUCAGAAUGGCCUCAGCCCUUGCUAGAGAUAGGGAGAAGUUGCCCAGCCUGGCCCCAAGCUUGCUUCCUCCUGCCUUAGCCUCUCAAGUGGCUGGAAUAUCGAGGUGUACACUGCCAUACCUGGCCCACCCUAACGAAGUGACCAAAGCAAAGAACCAUCUUAGGAAACUCGGGUACACACCUGGUAAGCAAGCCCCUGUACUUCACCUCUUUCCCAAGUUUGUCAGCAACAGGUGUCAAAUUUUAUACUUCACAUUUGAACGGUAUCAGAAGCCUCUAGGUUGCUGGUAUCCACAUUUUUCAGUCUGUUGACAACUCUGACAGCUGAUCUUGGCCUUCUCAAACUGACAAACUGAACAACUCUAAUCUCAGCACUUGGAAGGCUGAGGCAGGAGGAUCACCAUGAGUUCAAGGCCAGCCUGUGUACAGUGUGAGAACUGUGUACAGUGAGAACUCUUGUCUCACCCCCCCACCCCCAAAAGAGCCCAGGAGAGUCCAUACCACACGGAUAUUUUUAUCAUAGAAUAAAUUUAUUUACUGGAAACCACAUCUGUGCAACGCCUGUUGUUACCAGCACAGAAGAGGGAAAAACCGACCUUUAUUUACAGUCUAGUCAAACAUGCAUUGUGAUAAACUGACGCUUAGCAUCUGAUUAAGAUAAAUGCAUCACAAUGUUUGUAUUGCACCAACGUCUGUCUACUGCUUCAGAUUUCAUUAAAUAAGUUACAUUUAAUACAGUGCGAAAUAGCUGUCUAU